AUGCCAUCAUUCUUUGCCUCCCUGUGCCUUUCUUUUGUCCUGCCUAUUGAGAAACCUCAGUGUGGGUGUGGGGAGUGUGUGAAUUUCCAGCAACGAGACUGCGUGGUUGAAGACGCCUAUCUGAUGAUCAUUGUUAGCAUCAUAAUUAUUCUGGCUGGAGCGAUUGCACUCAUCAUUGGUUUUGGUAUUUCAGGGAGAUACUCUAUCACAGUUACUACUCUUACCUCAGCUGGGAACCUCGGGGAGGAUGGAAUCCUGAGCUGCACUUUUGAACCUGACAUCAAACUUGCUGAUGUUGUGAUAAGGUGGCUGAAGGAAGGUGUUAUAGGCUUGGUCCAUGAGUUCAAAGAAGGCAAAGAUGACCUGUCAGACCAGGAUGAAACGUUCAGAGGACGGACAGCAGUAUUUACGGAUCAAGUAAUAGUUGGCAAUGCCUCUCUGAGACUGAAAAACGUGCAACUCACAGAUGCUGGCACGUACAAAUGUUAUAUCACCACUUCUAAAGGCAAGGGGAAUGCUAACUUGGAGUAUAAAACUGGAGCCUUCAGCAUCCCCGAGGUGAAUGUGGACUAUAACGCCAGUUCAGAGAGCUUGCGGUGUGAGGCUCCCAGAUGGUUCCCCCAGCCCACAGUGGUCUGGGCAUCACAAGUUGACCAGGGAGCCAACUUCUCAGAAAUCUCCAAUACCAGCUUUGAGCUUAACUCUGAGAAUGUGACCAUGAAGGUGGUGUCUGUGCUCUACAAUGUCACAAUCAAUAACACAUACUCCUGUAUGAUUGAGAAUGACAUUGCCAAAGCCACAGGGGAUAUCAAAGUGACAGACUCUGAGAUCAAAAGGCGGAGUCACUUACAGCUGCUGAAUUCAAAGGCUUCCCUAGGCGUCUCUUCUCUGUGUGCCAUCGUCUGGGUCCUCCUGCCUCUCUCUCCUUACCUGAUGCUGAAAUAACAUGGCCAUACAGAAACGUACAAAGUCACUGGUACAAUAGAAAUCUUCAGAAUUAUUGCACCCCAUCAUACCCUAGUUUUGUAUUUCUUGGGAGAAAUGAAUUCUAGCAGUCCGGAGUAAACGAACUAGAUCAAGAUGCAAAAAGAAGCCUCAAAGCAACCCACAGAAGACUCCAAUAUGAAUAAGAUAAAUUUAUCUUCAAAGGCAUAAUAAUUUGGGAAAAUAAUUCAUAUGAACUAGA